AUGAAAACUGGCCAAGAUGGUAGGGUAAAAGAGAGCAAUAAAGUACAGGAAUUAAGUUUGGCUUCACAAAAUUCCUUGCGUAAACUUGAGAAAUGCAAUCUAGGAAAUGAAAUCUGUUUGGUUACCAGCUCUAGAGAUAUUAUCAAGUAUAUGAAUGAAGUGCAUUAUCGUUGGUUGAGGUUACCAUUAGUGUGGCGUCUACUGGAUGCAAUUGGAACAUUUUGGGUUUGUAAUACGGCUUUGUUGUGCUAUCUGGUAAUUAUUGUUGCUCAUGGUCAGGCUGCCUGCUUACUUACAUUCCCACUUACAAUCCUAGUUUUUUUUUGGGGAGCUAUCACUGAACGAAAGCAUCGUCUACUUUGGACUAUUACAAUUUUUUAUGUACAG